AUGCCCACUGGUGAUAGUCUGGCCGAGCCAGUGGUGGGAGCCCAGCUUCGCGCCGAAGCCACGGAUGAGAAGCGGGCGUCUCUCCAGGCCGUCCGGAAGCACGACGCUGCUGUCCAGAGUGGCCACGUCGCCCCGGGCGAUACACGGCAAGUUGAUGAGACGUCCGUCCUGCCGACGACCGAGGAACUGGCCCUUCUGCGCCGUGUACCCAAUCAUGUUCCACUGAAGCUCUUUACGAUUGCCUUUAUUGAGCUUUGUGAGCGCUUCUCGUACUAUGGAUCCACGGUCGUGUUCACCAACUUCAUCCAGCAACCUCUUCCCCCCGGCUCGACGACGGGCGCCGACCCAACCCAACCCGGCGCCCUGGGGAUGGGCCAGCGCGCCUCGACAGGCAUCACCAUCUUCAACCAGUUCUGGCAAUACUUCAUGCCUCUGUUCGGCGCGUGGGUGGCCGACGCCAAAUGGGGGCGGUACAAGACCAUCAGCGCGGCCCUGGGAGUCAACCUCUUCGGCCACGUCAUCCUCAUUCUGUCGGCGAUCCCGCCCAUCAUCGUCCGCCGGGGCGCCUCGCUGGGCUGCCUGGUCGCGGCCAUCAUCAUCAACGGCUUCGGCACGGGCGGCUUCAAGCCCAACAUCAGCUGCCUGAUCGUGGAGCAGCUGGGCGAGCAGCGCAUGUUUGUGCGGACCCUCGAGAGCGGCGAGCGUGUCAUUGUCGACCCGGCCGUCACCACGGAGCGCAUCUACAACUGGUUCUACUUCUUCAUCAACGUCGGCGCGCUGGUCGGGCAGCUGACCAUGGUGUACGCCGAGACGCACGUGGGCUUCUACCUCUCAUACACGCUGCCGACCAUCAUGCUCGGUUUCUGCCCGCUCGUCAUGUGGUGGGGGCGCCGGCGCUAUCUCCGUCGCGAGCCUGCCGGGUCGGUGCUCGUCCCGGCCCUGCGGACGUUCAUGCUCGCCCAGCGCGGCCGCUGGUCCGCCAACCCGUUCCGGACGCAUCGCAACCUCCACGACGGCACGUUCUGGGACUCCGUCAAGCCCUCGCGCUUCUCGCCCGGCACCCGCCCGGCCUGGAUGACCUUUGACGACGCCUGGGUCGACGAGCUGCGACGCGGUUUCGCCGCCUGCGCCGUCUUCUGCUGGUAUCCCAUCUUCUGGCUGUGCUACAACCAAAGCAAGUCCCUCGCGGCCGUCCUCCCGCGCAACGGCAUCCCCAAUGACGUGCUCUCCAACCUCAACCCCUUUGCGCUCCUCAUCUUCAUCCCCCUCAACGAUUUCCUCAUCUACCCGGCCCUGCGCAAGGCCGGCAUCCGUUUCACCCCCAUCCGCAAAAUUGAGGGCGCCUGGGUCGACGAGCGGCGACGCGGUUUCGCCGCCUGCGCCGUCUUCUGCUGGUAUCCCAUCUUCUGGCUGUGCUACAACCAAAGCAAGUCCCUCGCGGCCGUCCUCCAGCGCAACGGCAUCCCCAAUGACGUGCUCUCCAACCUCAACCCCUUUGCGCUCCUCAUCUUCAUCCCCCUCAACGAUUUCCUCAUCUACCCGGCCCUGCGCAAGGCCGGCAUCCGUUUCACCCCCAUCCGCAAAAUCACCGCCGGCUUCUUCGUCGGCUGCGCAGCCAUGGUUUGGGCCGCCGUCGUCCAGCACUACAUCUACCAGGCGUCCGUGUGCGGCAGCUACGCGUCCGGCACCACCCUCAACGCCGCCGGCGAGACGGUCAAGUGCCCCGCCGUCGAGAUCAGCGUCUGGGCCCAGGCGGGCUCCUACGUACUCAUCGCCCUCGCCGAGGUCUUUGCCUCCAUCACCUCCCUCGAGUACGCCUACUCCAAGGCCCCCAAGAACAUGCGCUCCAUGGUCCAGGCCGUAGCCCUGUUCAUGACCUCGUUUGCCGCCGCCAUCGGCCAGGCCUUUGUCGGCCUCGCAUCUGAUCCGCUGCUCGUCUGGAACUACGCUGUUGUGGCCAUCCUGGCCUUUGUCGCCGGCACUUGUUUCUAUAUCCAGUUUCGCAACUUGGAUAUCCACGAGGACGAGCUGAAUGAGUUACCCGAGGGGCAGGUGGGCAAGGUUGAUGCCGAGGCUCCUUUUGCGUUUAAGGAUGAGAAGAGUUAG